AUGGUAACUGUGAGGGUUGUUCUAGCUAUGGCUGCUGCUAAUGAUUGGUGCUUACAUCAAAUGGAUGUUUCAAACGCUUUUUUACAGGGUGAUCUAUUUGAGGAGUAUUUCUGGGAAUUGAGAUUGCCGAGGUCAAAGAGAGGCGUCUUGAUUAAUCGAAAGUUUGUUAGAAUUGAUUGGGCAUUGUCGGGAUCAAGACACAUUGGUACAUUUAUGGAGUAUAAUUUGAAGCUCACAUCUGUGGAGUAUGAUGAAUAUGUAGAUGACAAAGACAAGAAGGAUGGUGACGAGGCAAGAAGGAUCUACUUCAUCGAUCCUAGCUCAUAUCAAAGACUAGUGGGAAAACUAGUGUACACUUACCGCUGA